UUCCAAUCACCUUGAGCUGGUUUUCCCAUGCACUUCUCCUCCUCUUUCUAAGAAUAACCACCAUUCAAAGAUAUACCAAUUUUGAAUCAAACCUCUCUGUCUCAUCCCCUAUGCUCCCUAUCUCAAUCCUCCUCCUUCUCUCUUUCUAACUCUCUUGUUUCAUUCCAUCGGGAAAAUCAUGUGAAAGGAAUUUUCAUCUUGAUAUGAUAUUAAGAUUGAAAAACUUAAUUCCUUUCGCAUUUUCCGCGUUGGAAUGAACAUUAAAACCUGUUUGAUGUUUCGCAUCUUUAGAAUAAACCCUUAACCAAGAUAACCUCCUCGGUGUGUAACCAUAGACACAAAGAAACAAUAACAUAAAAACACUUUUAUAUUUACGAAGUUUUAAGGAGAGGAAAAAAACUACAUAUAUAUGGGUACGAGGUAGUUGUCUUAAAAAAAAUUCAACAGAUUUUGGUUUAUUUUAUAGUUUUUUUAUUAAAGAUGGAGAGAUUAGAGAGAAGGAGCAAGAAGGAUCAAGAAAAGAAAGAGAAGAGAACAAGAAACUUUGUCGAAUUAAUAACCGGUAACAAUAACAUCCACAACGGCUUUAAGAAAGAGAGUGUUGUUAUUACAAAUGACAAUAGUAACUACAAUGAUAUAUCAAUAGGGUCACCAGUACCUUCACCAAGAUGUGUAUUUGAGGUACCCAUAUCGGAUUCAGACAGCACGGGAAGCGAAAACUACAACAGUUCGCAACGGACGCAACAGGGAGGAAAGUUAUCACCAAGUGGAGGAGGAGAUGGACAUCAAUGGAGGAAUAUGAUUGAUGCAUUGAGGUUUAAGUCUGUGAGGAGAUUUUCUACCAUUCCUUUGCUUGCUGCUAGCUAUGAAAUUUCUAGGAGAAGUUUGAGGAAUAAAUUGGCUCGUGCAAGAGGUAAUGACGAUGAAAAUGAUUUUGAUGGUUCUAUCGAUCUUGAAGGAAUUACCAAGCCUUCUUGGAGAAAUUUUAGUUUUGAAGAUCUUGCUGCUGCAACCGAUAAUUUCAAUCCCGAGAACAUGAUUGGAAAAGGUGGUCAUGCAGAAGUGUACAAAGCAAGGUUACCUGAUGGACAAGUUGUAGCAGUAAAGAGACUAAUGAGGAAUGAAAAAGAAGCUGGAGAUAAAGCUGGUGAUUUCUUAUCAGAGCUUGGGAUUAUUGCUCACAUUAACCAUCCAAAUGCAACAAAACUCAUUGGUUUCGGAAUCGAUCGCGGACUCUACUUUGUUCUACAGUUUGCUUCACAUGGAAGCCUUUCUUCUAUGCUCUUUGGUUCUGAAGGUUUGGAAUGGAAUAGAAGGUUCAAGGUAGCAGUUGGUGUGGCCAAAGGUUUGCAGUAUCUUCAUCAAGAUUGUCCGAGAAGAAUCAUUCAUAGAGAUAUCAAAGCCUCAAACAUAUUACUCAACCAUAAUGAUGAAGCUGAGAUUUCAGACUUUGGAUUGGCGAAAUGGCUUCCAGAUAAAUGGGCUCACCAUGUUGUUUUUCCAAUAGAAGGCACAUUCGGGUAUUUAGCUCCAGAAUAUUUCAUGCAUGGACUUGUGGAUGAGAAGACUGAUGUUUUUGCAUUUGGGGUAUUGUUACUCGAGCUCCUGACGGGUCGCCGUGCAGUUGAUUCCAAUAGCAGGCAAAGUCUUGUAAUCUGGGCUAAACCAUUAUUGGAUGCAAAGCAAGUGAAAGAAAUAGCAGAUCCAAGAUUAGAAGACCAAUAUGAUCCAGUUGAAAUGGAGAUUGCCAUGGCAACAGCUUCCAUGUGUAUCCACCACAUGUCCUCUAAAAGGCCAUACAUGAGUCAGGUUGUGCUACUACUGAAGGGAGAAGAGGUGGCUAUGGACUUCACUCAAAAAUCAAUAGCAUCAAGGUCACUCUUGUUAGAUGCUUGUGAUUUAGAAGACUAUACUUGUUCAAAUUACUUGAAUGAUAUCAAUCGGCACAAGCAAUUAAUCAUGGAGUGAUGAUGGUGAUGAUGAUUCAUAUGUGAUAUUAGAAUUGUGCUCUGUCUGUGGCCUUAAGAGGUUUCAUGUUUGUGUGUGGUGAAAACUUUAUGGAUGAUAAAAUUGUUGUAUAGUUCUGUGUGUUGUGGAUAAAGUUGACAAUAAUUAUGUCACAACAUAAUAAGCUUGUGUCUUUCUUCAAGCUUGAUAAGAUAUAUUUAGGCUUGUAAAUUGGCAUGAACUUGUAAUCAUCAUCAUUAGUCAAGAAGCACUCAUAGUUUGUUUAAUUGAGUGACAUAUUGUGUUAA